UAGACAUACCGACGACGAUGACUAUCCCCUUGAACGGCUCUGCGCACGAUGCUGCUGUGCCUCCUCGUCCCAAGGAUGUGGGCAUCCUCGCGAUGGAGAUGUACUUCCCUAGAAGGUGCAUCUCGGAGGAGGAGCUCGAGGAGUUCGACGGCGUAGCGAAGGGCAAGUACACGAUUGGUCUGGGCCAGAAGUACAUGGCGUGCUGUGAUGACCGCGAGGACAUCAACUCGUUCCUCCUAACUGCUGUCGCAAAUCUUCUCGAGAAGUACGACAUCGACCCCACCUCCAUCGGCCGUAUUGACGUUGGCACUGAGACCGCUAUUGACCUCUCGAAGUCCAGCAAGACUUUUCUGAUGGACCUCUUUGCUGCCGCUGACAACACCGACGUCGAGGGCGUCGACUCCAAAAACGCCUGCUAUGGCUCGACUGCCGCCCUCUUCAAUGCCGUCAACUGGGUCGAAUCUACGUCAUGGGAUGGCCGCAACGCGCUCGUCGUCUGCGGUGACAUUGCUAUCUACGCUGAGGGUAGCGGCCGGCCGUCCGGCGGUGCCGGUGCCUGCGCCAUGCUGAUCGGUCCCAACGCGCCUCUGGCUCUUGAGCCCAUCCACGGUACGCAUAUGGUGCACGCGUACGACUUCUACAAGCCCAAGCUCGACUCCGAGUACCCCGAGGUCGACGGCCCGCUCUCGAUCACUUCCUACAUUUCCGCCGUCGAUGCGUCCUACAAUGCGUUCAUCAAGAAGCACGCGAAGAUGAAGAAGGUCGCCAGCCUGAAUGGCAACGGCGUUGCGAACGGCGAUGGCCCGGCGUUCUCACUCGAGAACGUCGACUACCCCGUCUUCCACAGCCCAUACGGCAAGAUGGUGCAGAAAGCGCACGCGCGCCUCGUCUGGAACGACUUCAUGUCAAACCCCUCGCACCCCAAGUUUGCAAACGUACCCAACGCCGACGCGAUUCUCGCGCAGCCGUACAAGGAGUCCCUGCUCGACAAGAGCCUCGAGAAGACAUUUAUGGCCGUCGCCAAGGCCGAGUUCGACUCGGCUGUCGAGCUCUCGAUGAAGUGUGCGCGCCGCUGCGGCAACAUGUACACUGCAUCGCUUUACGGCGGUCUCGCGUCCCUCGUCUCGUCUAUCGAACCUCAGGAGCUCCUCGGCAAGCGCAUCUCGAUGUUCGCGUACGGCUCCGGCAUUGCGAGUUCGUUCUUCACCAUCAAGGUCAAGGGCGACACCUCCGAGAUGAAGCAGAACCUUGACCUCAUUAGUCGCCUGGCCGCGAUGAAAGUCGUCCCCUGCCAAGAGUACGUCGACUCGCUGAAGCUCCGCGAAGAACACCACCUCUCAAAGACAUGGCUUCCAAAGGGCUCCGUCGACAACAUCUGGCCAGGUGGUUACCACCUUGAGGAGGUUGACGGCAAGUAUCGCCGCAAGUACGGUCGCGUGCCCAAGGCAUGAACCUUGUUUGCAAUCGUCUCGCCUCCAUUUUGCCAUGCUAUAUACCAUUCAUCUGCUUUCACGCUAUCUUACAUGUUGCUUACAUUCGGGGAAGUUUGCUGGACGACAUUGUGAUAAUUGAUAGAUGCAUACUUUGUACCACUAGCAUAUAUAUGCGAAUAAUGAAACUCCAAAACA